UUGCAUUAUUUUUUUUAUCGUGAAUUAUAAUUGUGAACUUAAAAUUCAUAGACUGGCAGUAUUUGAUAUCUAGUUUAAACUAAGUUGAUUUGACUCUGUCAUAUGAACAUAAUAAAUUUAAUAGGCAGCUUUAUCUACAUUGAAUGCAUUUGAAAGAAGGCGCUUUUUUUUCGCGAAAUUCAAAUUCGCUAUUAGAGCAUGUUUAAAUAUUAAAAUCAUAAUUGAAAUGAAUGCUCUGUGAAAGUUAACACUAACCCAACGAACAAUUUGAGCGGUAGCAGAUACAGCUAGUGUGACAAACCAGUGUGUAAAUUUAGGCUUGCCAACGUUCAACAAUGUGAAUGUACACAAUUAGCGGUUUUUAGUUCAUUUCCCCAACUUGGAUACUGUGUAUGGGUUAGGAUAUAAAAUAAAACCAUCUAUACAUUGAAAAAAACACUUAACUAUGCAUAUUUACAUAUUUAUUAAUGCAUUCAGUAUAUAUUUUUGUUUAAAACUACAAGGUAAGUCUGCGAAAAACUUCAAUGAAGCCACAAUGUCGGGGAACAUGAAACUUGAUGGUGGUAAUCCGUCAACUGUCAAUAAAAACCCAAAAGUCAUUAAAGCUGCCCAGAAUGAAAUUGGCAAGAUUGAUGUGCUAGUUUGCGGGUCAUGUUUCAACGUGUUUCAUUUUGUGGAAGAAUUUCAGUUGCACAAAUUGCAGGAAGACUGCGUUUCUAAUCCAGACUUCAAGCAGCCGUCUCCAUCUGAAACCAAGCCACAGGUGUGGGCAUUUCUGCUGUGGAAGAGCUCGAUACUGAACGAGAACAAAAGAUUCGGGGAGGACCGGCAGGCCGACGAGCUGGGGUCAUGGCACCUGUACCAGAGCUGGUGCAAGCUGGAGGAGAAGAUACGGGACAGCUGGAUAGCCGCGGGCCGCGCCAUCCAGGGCUUUGCCUCCAUCGCAAACGCCAAGAUUCAGGAAGUGAGGAGUGUGCCGGAGAAAGGGCGUGUCACUGCCACAAGACCAGAGUCUCAGGAGAGAAAGGAUAGCCCUCGUUCUCAGCCAGCAGAUAGGAAUGCACUCCAAUCCAAAGUUGCUGUUCAGAAAAUUGCUCCUCGCUCAACAAGCCUCGAUCAUGAAAAUGCUGCCAAAGACUCUUCUGUCAGGAAGGAGACAGUGUUUGAAGCCAAAGACAAAGAUGGCUCUUCAGGAAGGCAGUCCAAAGAUUCUUCACAUGCAAUGAGGUCAAAAUCUUCUGCAGUCAGCAGUGAAGAUAACUAUGACUCUAACGUGUCUCCAUCGUCUACGGGCAGCCAGGGCGACCGAGCGUUCCAUAGGGGCUCCGGGGACUCUCUGAUGCCGGACAUAGACAUCAAGGAGGAGCAGAUGAGCGAGGAAGAGGAGGAAGAGGACGAGAUGGAGGCGGGCGGCGACAACUCGAAGACUCGGUCGAAGGAACCGGCCGCGAGGGGCGUGCGCACCAACAGCAACAAGGUCGUGAGGAAGAGCAUCAAGGACACGAAGGCCCUGGACGGGAACCCUGCGGCAGCGGGCGAGGAGGAGUACGUGGUGGAGAAGAUUCUCGCCAAGCGCUACAACCCCAAGAAGAAGUGCUUCGAGUACUUGCUCAAGUGGGAAGGCUACCCGCACGAGCAGAACACGUGGGAGCCGGUGGAGAACAUGCAGGCGUGCGAGAACCUGGUGGAAGCGUUUGAGCGCAACCUCGCCAAGCAGAAGAUGAUGCAGCAGCCCAGGCCCGCGGCCGGGACGCCGAUCCAGCCCCCGCAGCGGCCGGCCCACCAGCCCCAGGGGCCGGCCCAGCCCUCCCUGCGGGUCUCCGGGGUCACCAGCCUGGCCCGGGCCCCUCAGCAGCCCUCGCGGCCGCCCCCGCCGCUGGCCGUGAGGCUCACCUCGGAGCCGCCCCCCGCUGGCCCCCAUCUCGCAGAAGAAAGUGGGCCGACCACCGGGGCCCCGCGUCGUCACCCCCGACUCGGAGCUGGAGCACAUGGAGGCUGGGCCCAGCGACGCCGGAUUUGACAGGCGGCCGGUUCGUAGCAGUAAGAAGAAGGCGCUAGAGCAAGUGAAAUCGUGGUGUGGCACUAUGGCUAAGACAGAGGAUUUUGAUAGUAAACGUAAACAUUUGGAAGACAGCGAUUCAGAUAUAGAUGAUCCACCAGUAAAGAAAAUUAAAUCUGAGCCAGAUUACGAUAGAGAGUGGAGUGGUGGGGAGAUAGAGGAUGCUAAUGAUAGUAUUCCAUCAGACGAAGACAUGCCAAGGAAAUUGCUUCAGCGUCAAUCGGACAUCUCUCAUCUUAAAUCGGUAACCGGAAAUCACACACACAGUGCAGCACCAGUUGAAAAUAAAGUGGUAGUGAAAAGACGUCCUGGACGGCCGAGGAAAGAAUGGGGCAUACCGAACGGUGUGUCCUAUUCAUCUUCAGGAAGUUCUCUGAAGAGAACUGGUGACAACAAGAUUUCAAUUGAAUUAGGUCUGGAGUCAGAUUCAUCUCCCGAGAGGAGGAAGUUCCCACCCAAACCUGUAAAUGCAUCCAACUCUCAGACACCUGUUCUCGUUGCGAACUCUAAAGGUAUAAUUACUGUCGAUCCGAGACAUGUCCCAAACCUGACAUCGGGUGUGUUCAUAGUGUCUAAAAAACCUUCUAGUAUAGUUUGUGAAUCACAGAAUACUGAUAAAAAUAACUUGACAGGUAAGAAAUCUCCUGUUGGGUCUUCAAAGUCUUCAUCUGCAGGUAAUAUUAUCGUGGACAUUAAGUCUACGAUGCCACAAAGUGGCAUCAUCAGAAAGACUGCCAUAAACUCUCGGCCCUCUAUGAACCCUGUUAAGAUCAUGCCAAAACCAAAUGUAAGUGAGCAGACCAGCCGAGCCUCCAUCAGUCAUUCGGAA